AAACGACGUCGUGUUCAUAUUUUUUUGUUUUUGUUUUUCUAAGCUGCUUUUGCCUUUUACCUUCUGCCCUCCUCAGUCGAUCGCUCUUCCCUGAAGUUACAGACUUUUGCUUCAAUCAAUCUUCAUUGGCAGCUGCCACCACUAGGUCUGCUCCACGCUGACUUUCAGCUGAAAUUGAUACCAAAAUGGACAACAUCAUGGGUGAAAAUGUGUGUAUUCCUUACAAAGAAACAAAAGGGGCUGUCAAAAACACCACGGAUCAGAGAAUAGAUGUAUAUAUAUGGGACAUGGACGAGACCCUUAUACUGCUCAAGUCCUUGUUGAAUAGGACUUAUGCGGACAAUUUCAAUGGUUUGAAGAAUGUGCAGAAGGGUGUAGAGAUCGGGAAGAUGUGGGAGAAGCACAUUCUUGAUUUGUGUGACAAUUAUUUCUUCUAUGAACAAAUUGAAAACUAUAAUAAGCCGUUUCUUGAUGCCUUGAUUCAAUAUGAUGAUGGGAGGGAUCUUUCUGGUUACGAUUUUGACCAGGAUGGGUUUGGCCCUCCAUAUGAUGAUGACAACAAACGAAAACUAUCAUACAGGCAUAGAGACAUAGCCCAAAAAUAUGAAAAGGGUUUGCAUAGUUUUUUUGAUCAAGAUACAAUGAAAGUCUGGGAUGAAUUGUAUGAUAUCACUGAUAUAUAUACAGAUAGAUGGCUUUCGUCAGCACGAGCCUUCUUGGAGCAGUGUUCGAGUGGGAACAAAGAUGCAACUUCUUCUGUUGCCUCUGCUGAUGCAACCAUUGACUCUCCUAAUUCAAAGGAUCAGCAUGUUAAUAUUUUAGUGACUUCAGGAUCAUUGAUACCCAGCCUUGUCAAAUGCUUGCUCUUUCGACUUGACAGUGUAAUUACACAUGGAAAUGUUUACAGCUCAUGGGAUGUGGGAAAACUCACAUGUUUUCAAUGGAUUAAGGAGCGUUUCAGCAGUUCAAAUGCUCGUUUUUGUGUAAUUGGGGAUGGAUGGGAAGAAUGUGAAGCUGCACAAACCAUGACAUGGCCAUUUGUUAAGAUUGAUCUGCAACCAGGCAGUUCUCACAGGUUUCCAGGCCUUACAUCGAGAACAGUAGGUUACUAUUUCUCUGUUGUAUAUGGAAGUCCUGAUGCCGAAAAUGACGAAGAUGAUUAGGUCUCAUCAUGUGCCUCUGUAAGUUGUCCUCCCUGGAAUUUCUAUCUGUACAUAGAAACAAAGCAACAUUCAUGAAAGCCUUAUUUGUUAACUAAAUUGUAAGAAUCAACCAAGUUAGAUGACCAUAACCACCUCACAGGCCAUAUACAAAUUGUCAUGGAAAAAUAAAGAGAUGAAAUAAUUUUUUUUUUUCCUGAACAAUUGAACAUGUAUAUGUAAACCACUGGUUAGAGUCAUCUGUCCAGACUCUCUUGUAAGAACUUUCUUAGAGUCCAUUAAUUUUUGUAUGUACUACAUCAAAUAGUGAUUGUUAUAUUCC